AUGUUACUUCCUUCAUAUCGACGAAUUGUUUCUAGAUAUGACCAAAAAACCUUGAGUAAUUUCUUUAAUUGCCUGACCGGCUUUGGAAACCCAAAGCAUAAUGCCAGCAAUUAUCAAACCACUCAAAUUCAUCGAAUUCCACGUCGAUUUAUUGGUGUUUUUGUUGUUCUGGCUCUCCUAAUGACAAUGUACUUGGCCAUGUACAUAAACAUAAUGGUCUCGCUCCAACCUUUAAUCAACAAUUCAAACUGGUUGGCGCAGAAUACUCAGCUCAAAGACAAUAGCCAUUCUUGCGCUUGGAAAACGCCAUCUGUGGCCAAUACUGCACACUUGAAGUUUGCUCGUAUCCCUCAUGUACUUCACCAGUCGUGGAAAAACAACACACUGCCUCUGAAAUUCUCAAAAUGGCAAAAAAGCUGGCUGGAUCUACAUCAAGACUGGGAGUAUAAACUAUGGACUGACAAUGACAACAUGGAGUUGUGUCGAGAUCACUUCCCUUGGAUGUUUGAGCGGUUUCAAGAGUUUCUUACAAACAUUAAUCGCGCUGACACGGCUCGAUACAUGUAUAUGCACUUGUAUGGUGGAUUUUAUGCUGACUUGGAUGUAGAGUGUCUUCAGUCUCAUGCACCAAUUGCAUCUAUUGGUGGUGUAGUUGUUCCUUUGAUGUCGCGCGACUACACCUAUGAGCACAAUAUUCCUAAUCCAUGGUUGGGAUCAGCACCCGGCCAUCCGUUUUGGAUCUAUCUUUUAGAAAAAAUUAAAAACGCUACAUUGAGCUCACAAGUCGAGGUAUCAACUGGCCCUGUAGUUCUCUAUAAAGCGCUAAAGGAGUUUGAGCAGGAAAAAAUGAAUGAAAACAUAUUGCCCAUCACAUACAUUGCUCCAGAAAUGAUUCUGCCAUACGACUGGCAUAAUAAUAAAGGACUGGGUCACUUGUGUUCUGCACAGUCGGGAGGAUUUGAUCCUGAAGAAUGCAAAAAGCGAAUUGACCCAGACAAAAAUGCAUACGCUAUUACGUACUGGUCGCAUACCUGGGAAGGAAAGGAAGAUCAGGUUUCACAGCCAUUUAAAAACACUAAAGCGGAUCAUGUGGAUGCAUAA